GUGUGUGUGUGUGUGUAACUAAGCAUGGAUCCGAGACUAGAGGAAGCAGCUUAUGCGGGAGACCUCACUUUGUUGCGGCGUUUGCUACAAGAAGACCGGCUCCUGCUCCACAGGCAAGCCAUCGCCGCGGCUCACCUGUCGGACAGCCCCCUCCACAUCGCUGCAUCGCUCGGCCACUCCGACCUGGUCCGGGAGAUCCUCACCGUAAACCCGGAGCUCGCGCAUGGCCGCAACCGCGAAGGCCUUUCCGCCUUGCACCUGGCCGCUGCCCAAGGCCACUUAUCCGUGGUGAACGAGCUGCUGCAGUACGCAGCCGCUGCCAAUCUCUGCUUGGCGACCGACAACGAUGGCUUCAUGCCCGCCCACACUGCAGCCUUACGAGGCAAGCUUGAUGCGUUGACAGUGUUACUGGAUGCGUGCCCGGAGUCCUCGCGAGCUAUGACAUCGCAAGGUGACUCCAUCCUUCAUCUUACUGUGAAAUCAAACAGCUUCGAGACCGUGCAGUUCUUGCUGAACAGAACAGAUGAAAACGAUGAGCUGCUCAACUCCGGAGAUGCGAAAGGCAACACCGUCCUGCACCUUGCUGUGGCCAGAAAACAGCUCCAGACCGUGAAGUUGCUUCUGGGAAGGCGAGGUAUCGAAGUUAACGCCACAAACAUGAGAGGCGACACCGUCCUUGAUAUGCUACUGGAUUCACCCUGCCAGCAUGGAGAUCUGUUGUUGGGAGAACUGAUUCGAGCAGCAGGUGGAAGAACCACCGCAGAAGAAGGGAAGACUCGGCCGAAAUCGUCACCGGGUGAUGCCAGAGCCUCUGCCACUGUCGCGUCACACAGAAGCCGACCAAAUGGUUCUGAACCUAAAGAAAAAGAAAAGUACAACAACAAACCAGAAACACUAAUGGUGGUGGCGACGUUGAUCGCCACCAUCACAUUCGCAGCUGGGCUGAACCCCCCUGGUGGGUUUAAGCAGAAAGAUGAUGGUGGGGCGACUCCCCCCAAUGCAGAAGUCAACUUUGAUGAGAGUUCAAGUGAAGGGGAGGCAGUUCUAAAAUAUGAUCUCGAGUUAUUCCUGCUGUUCGACAUGUUCGGGUUGUUUGCAUCCUUGAGCAUCAUCCUCUUGUUGAUAUGUUGUGUGCCCAGACAGACUAAAAUGGUGACCGGAAUCCUAAAGUGGAUUCUAUGGCUGGCGGUGUUCUCGACGGCAUUAGCAUUCUCGACCGCCAUUGUGCGAAUAUUUUCCUAUCAGCUCUGCACUGUCAUCCUUCUCAUGAGUUGGUUCGGAAUUCUCAGUCUCUUCAUGAUUUGGGUGUGCUUUAGAGCGAUCAGAUACUUGUUGCGCAAAGGUGGAUGCUGGAAGAAGAAUGAUGGAGAAGGAGAAAGUCAGGGGGGCCCCACAAGGGCCGUUGCCAUCCGCACGAAGAUUGUGGUGGGCGCGUUGAUGAUAAUUAUCUUUGGAGUAGUUCUUAUUGUAAAUUAUUUAGUGUUUGUUUAUAUAUUAAAUAUGUCAAAUAAUAGAAUAAUAUGAUCUAUCAUUAUUCUUA